AUGUACAGCCAGAAUGACGGGCGAAGCAGCAGCAGCACAGCCAGAGCGUCAGCAGCUUCCACAGUGCCUCAGCGCUAUCCGCCCAACCACCACACGUACGGCGGUGGCCGUGGCUUUCUCGGGAGCUACGGUUCGUCCACCACGCCAUCGUCAUCGUUGGAAAACCAAAGAUCGAUCGAGGGACAGCACAGUGCCAGCACGACCGGCACGGCCACGACCAGCCUGUUUGGUGAUCCGGUACUGCCGGCGACGCGCCAUGCCGAUCUGCUCGGCGGUGAGGAUCUGUAUCAGAACCUAAAAAACAACAUCGAGCUGUACCAUGCGAAGCUGUACAACGACCAGGAACGGCAACGGCAGGCGGAACGGGACGCACUGUUCGACCAGUACGCGAACGGGGUGGGUAGUGUCGGUGGACGAAAAGUUAGUGCCGGAGUGGUGAAACCGACCGUCGGGAACAAUAUGACAACGUACAGUGAAAUGCCGGCCAGAAGUCGAAGUUUCGGUAGAACACAGUCGGCUAGUAUCGGAGUAGACCUUAGCAAUAGCAGAUCCAACCUUUUUGAUAUGGAUCUGCUGAAGCAGAACGAUUGGAUCGAUUUCUCCGAGCAUGAGUAUCAGCACAGCCUCAUUCCCACCAACAGCCGCACGGUGGCCGAUGUGCAACAGUUCACCGGUGGCAACAUAACGCGCCGGAUCGAAAAUGGCGUCUUCCAGAACCCACGGGCGGCAGCGGCGGCCCGUGCCUCCCGACGCAACUCCAUCACGGACGCGAGUGCUUACGGGAUGCGUGGCGGUAUGGUCGGCGACAACGCAACAUUUACCGUGCUGGGCCACGGACCGAUGGGUUACGAGGAGGGAGCAUCGGCACUGCCCGUUGGAGGUAUUCACGAUCCUUCGACAUCGAGUGAUGCGAACAGCGAGUUCGAACGCAUGUUGCGCUACGGGCGUACAGAUCCAUCGACUGCCAUUAUCAGGGAUAAGAUAAACACGGGAUCUAAUUUUAGAGUAUCGGAUGCACGCCAGCAUAAAAAUACCGCCUUCACCAUCAUUAACGAAGUCCUGCCCAAGUCCAGUUCGUUUGAUCUGGCCGGUGGAAACAGAUAUUCACCUUACCGCGAGAAGCACCGUCUUGCCUCGUCCCGUAUCCUCUCGGCAAGUUCUGCUACUCACGGUACCUCGAACGUCGGUUUCUAUGGUUACGGUUACGGUGCUGACUUCAUGGAAGAAGGUUCCAUCAGUGCCCCGCACGGCCACCGGAGACGCUUCAGCAGCUCGGAACUAUCGCUCAGUACAAUCGGUGGACGCACCAAGGAAGGUCACCCAGCUGAGGGAUCCGCUCGCACGAAACGGCCAGCGAAGUCGAAAACCUCUCUGUCCCUAGCAUCGAAUCCGGGCCGACGACAACGGGGCGUUCUCGAGGUGAUUAGCAAAAAAUCGACCACGCCAAGUGCCAAAGUGACAAUCACGCAGCCGUCGGAGGAUGGACGAUCGAUUACGCCCACACCAAGCGAGUCGGGCCUGUCCGGAACGGGGACGGAUGGUGAUCGUAUAUCCAUUCCCGAGCAUCAGCUGAAGAACAUGAAGCUGUUUGGCUACAAACCGUUCUCGAGUCGGCCCACCCUUUCGCCCGUACCGGACAAGGGUUCGAUGGAGAGCUCGCAGGCCGAUCUGAAGGAGGGUUCCGGUGGUGGUAAGGAAGGUGGAAAGAAGGGUAGUGGGAAGGGAGGUUUUCGGGCACCCGUUUUCAACAUCCGGGGUCUUUUGAUGUCACCUCGGUCGAGAGACAAGAGCAAGGAGAUGUCACCCAGCGGAGGAGAAGACAGUAAAGAACCGUCCGUCGAGCGGCAAACGAAGCCACAAGGCAAAGAACCACCAUCUGGUAAGGAGCCCGAGGCGCACGUAUCACCACCGAAAAAGCGGCGCUUCAAUCUCGCCCGUGCCAUCAUUGAAAGUGCCCGGAAAGGGCCCGAGCCGGAGCCGGAGAAGGUGUCGAAGCCGCAAACUAGCAAAGCGGCCCAGGAGGAAGACAGUGGAGAGAAACGGAAAAUGGCACUGAAGAUGAAGUUCGGCAUCGUACGAUCGGGUGUACGGAAAGAUUCGGAAGGGAACGGCGUGAAGGAGAAACGAGCGGGUGGCAAAAAGGGAAAGGGAGCAAAGGUGACAACGAGAUCAGCAGCAACAAGUGCUAAGGACAAAAAGAAAGCCCCCGUCAACAAAAAGGGCACACGGUACGACGAUGACGAUGACGACUAUUUCGAUCCAUACAGGCAACGGGAUCGGGACGAGAGGUCCAGCAGGACGAAAAAGGCUUCCGCAGGAGGAGGAAUGCUAAAGAGUGCUCUCAACUACGCCGCUAGCUUUCGAACGCGGAGCGAUCGUGUGGGAACAGCCGGACCGGGUGGACGACGAAAACCGGCCGAUGUGGACCUUCCGAAAGGUGCGAAAGCAAGUGGGCAGCGUGGAGGCAAGGACGGUGGGAUGGAAAAACUGACCCCUAACGCUCGAAGGCGAGAUAAAAGUGCGAAGGCAGGGGAAAGAGACACACGGGGGAAACCCGGUGGAGUUGGGGCUGGACGUGUGAAGAGCGGAAAGGGACAGACCACAGGCGGCACCGGCGUAAAUAGAGCGAAAUCAGCAGCAGGGGCGCGAGGAAGGCAACUUCGUAGAAGUAGCUCAGCCGUUGGACUCGAUCCCGGUCAGCUGCGCAAAGCCAACAAGCUGUAUGAGAAGAACCAGAAAGCUUCCACGGGUGCGGGAGGUUCGAUGGGAGCCGGGAAGGGUGGACGGGGUGGAAAAAGCAGCAGCUCUCUGAUCCAGUCGAAAGCGAACCGGCACUCCGACAACGACAUGGCUGGCUCGGGUAGCGGACUGGCGAAAAGCGAUAGCCGAGGCGAGAUGCGAGGUAAAGGUUCGUCUAAGGCGACCGAUGGAACUGGAUCCGAUUCGAAGGAUCGCAUCGAGAAGCGUGAUUCGGAACGAUCACUUAAAAAGAGUGAUAGCAAUAAAUCGAUCGUCACUUUGGGUGGAAAGCCGAAGAAGAGUGACUCCAAGAGUUCGUUGCUCAACAAACGAUCGGAUUCUCGAUCGAGCCUUCACCAAACAGCAGCCACUGCGGCAGGUGGUGAAACGUCCGGCGGUGGUGGAGAUACCUCUGGCACCGAGCUCGGUGGGAAAAGUCCGCUCAACUCCAUGACUGAGGGAGUGCCAGAUCCGGGAGUUAAAUCGGCUCGACCGACACCAAAGCUGCAGAGCAAAGGAUCGUUGCUGAGCUUGAUCAGCUUGAAGGGUAGCAAGCGAAAUUUGGACCGUGGAGCUGGAGGAGCAGAUGCGGGACAACGUCCCGACACCGCCAACACGGCAGUAACCGGUGCCGAUGGUGCGAUGGCUUCCUCAACAAGGCUACAGUCUGCCUCGAUGAGAAACGCACCGGGGACGGCUACUUCCAGCGGUGAAGGAGCCGCAGAAGAUGCUGUCGGCUCGCGAGCGGCCGGCAUGAACGAGAAACCCACCAGCACGAAACCACUCCGAAGGAUGAUGAGCCGUGGAUCGUUACUGUCCAUCAAAAGUAUUGCUCAUGCCCGCUCCUUCACCAACAUACGGCCACCGACGGCAGCGGCCGCAGCUACGGGUGCGGACGGCGAGGGCGGUGGUACGAUGCCACCGCAAACGAUGCAGAAGGUGACGGAGGGUUCGCAGGAGCACGACGAUACGACCGACACGGAGACGAGUCACGGGGGUGGUGGUGCAACCGGAGGAGAUGGACAGGGAUCGAUGGGAGUAGCUACGCAUGAGCUGACGGUGGCGGGCGACGGUGAGGGGGAGAAGGUGUCGAACGAGUACAAUGGAGAGCACCGGAUGAAGUCACCCAUGGCGGAGCAUAAACAGCAGCAGGGUAGCCGCAGUCCGGGAAUGGAUAACGUUUCAAGUGCCAACACGGAGUCGAUGCGCGACCGUACGAUGGGUCAGGAGGGAGCAGGAGGCACAAACAACAGCGACGAGUUUGGCGAGGACGAACAGCUCAAGUGCUCGAAAUGUUGCUGCGCCUGCUGUGCACCGUGCUGGACGCGGACCUGCCUGCCAUUUAGGCGAUGCUUCCGAAGCUGCAGUGGAUGCUGCGGAGGUGGCCGGAACCGGCUCGGCAAGCGUAAAGCGGACGGUCAGCUGGCCAACGAGAAGGAGCCGACCACGGCGAAGCAACCGGGACAGAGCUGCUGGGAGCGAUUGCUUGGUUGCUGUAGACGGUGCCGCAACUCAAAGACGGCACCGGAAUCGACGGCAAUCGUACAACGAGCACCGGCAGAAUCGAAACCAAAAGCUUCCUGCUGGCAGUCACUCAACUGUUGCGCCAGCUGUCGGCGGAACAAAUCCCGCGAACUAGUGCCCCGUUCCUCGAUCGAUAGUGAUCCACCGGCAGAGGACCAAUCCCGAUGCCGUUCGUGUUGGAGUAAGCUGUUUUGCUGUUGCCGACCGAAACCGGACGACGGUAAAAGUAAGCAGAUUAAACGCCACAAGAUGGAGGAACCGGUCGAGAUGGAGACGGUCAAGUGUUGCUUCUGCUUCAAGCGCCAGCGUCCGAAGGUGAAGGCGAAACCGAAAAAGAAGGUCCCGGUGAAGUCCACCUUCAACUGUCUGAGCUGCUGUAUGAUGUGCUGCAAAAAGAAGGGUGACAACCAGAGCCGGCGGACGAGCAAUCUGAGCAAGAAGCAAAGCAUUGCGCCAACGAUUCCACCGGAGGACUUGCGGCCAAAAAUUGAUAUGUCACUGGUAGAGCACUCCUCUUUGAUGCGUGGUGCUAUUCCAGUUCUUCCAAUCUGUUUGGCAUACUUCUGUUUGUUCCUGAACGUUGUCGUGCCCGGCUCGGGAACAGUUCUUUCCGGUGGGUUGUGUUUGUGCAUUGGAAAACCCCGCUUUUCCCAGCACGAUUCGAUAAAGGGCCGCAUCGGUUCGUUUAUCAUCAAUUGCAUCGUAGGCGUUUCGCAAUGCUUCACCAUCAUCUUUUGCGUCGUCGGAUGGGGAUGGGCCAUCUGGUGGGGUACGAUCAUGAUACGGCUGGCAAGACAACAUCGGAAGAUUCUUGAAAUGGAAGCCGCACAAGAGGAAGGUGAAGAGCAGACGACCCUCUCCAACCGGACCGGUGCAUCUAAUCCACCCGUUGCGUUAGUGUCCAAAACGCACCGUGACGUUGAAACGGGUCGGUAG